GGGGGAGUUCUUUUUGCGUCUGUAGCCAGUUGGAUACGUUCAAUUUAGCUUAAUGCUACACUCUUUGCGAAUAUUUGCGGCUUGAUUUGUGUCCCCUUUCUAUUUUAGUUAGUCAUACUGUUUAAAAGACUAUUUGAUUGUUGAGUCAGGAGGGGAUGAUUUCAUAAGGUAGCUUAUUAUCAAGUCAAACCGAGGUGAAGGACAGAAGGAGGACUCAUGAGAGGGGGAAACGCUUUUGAAUGGAACGCGUCCACACGGCUUCAGGCCGCCUUUCUUUAGUUACGACUCGAGCAACAAGGAAAAGUGGAAAAGAGGCGCAGGCUCCGGUCAUAAUAAAGUCGAACCAGCGCGUCAGGCGAAGGAAACAGAGAAGUGAAAGUGAAGUGUUCCUCUUCUGUGUUUCCUUCACUCCACUCCGGACCAGCGGCUCCCUCAGGCUCCCACGGACACCAUGGCUGCUGCCCUCCUGAACAGAUGGGACAGAGGAGGCGCCUCCACAGAGCAGCAAUGAGCAGAGGAGCGUAGGCUGCUGGGAUCACCGACACAACCUCAGUGACUCUGAUUGUCUGUCACACACAGAAGAAGAAGCACAAGAAGAAGAUCAAGAAGAAGAAGAAGAUGGGGCAUCCUCCCCUGGAGUUCAGUGACUGCUACCUGGACAGUCCGGACUUCAGAGAGACCCUCAAGUGUUACGAGGUGGAGCUGGAGAGGACCAGCAAGUCCCUCAAAGAGCUGAUCAAAGAUGGCAACAGUGUCAUCACUGCGAUCCGAGGUUAUUCUGUGGCAGUGCAGAGGUUUUCUCAGACUCUUGGCAUGUUCCAGCUCGACUUCAUCGGUGACUCUCUGACUGACGAUGAGAUCAACAUCGCCGAGUCGUUCCAUGAGUUUGCUGGUCUCCUGCAGGAAGUGGAGCACGACAGGAUGAUGCUGGUGCAGAACGCCUCCGAUCUUCUCAUCAAGCCACUGGAGAAGUUCAGAAAAGAGCAAAUAGGAGUAACUAAAGAAAAGAAAAAGAAGUUUGAGAAAGAGAGUGAAAAAUAUUACUCUCAGCUAGACAAACACCUGAAUCUCUCUGCCAAGAAGAAAGAGAGUCAACUUCAAGAGGCUGAUGAACUGUUGGACAAAGAGCGAGUGAACUUCUAUGAAUCGUCAGUGGAGUACGUGUACCAGAUCCAUCAGGUGCAGGACAGGAAGAAGUUUGAUGUGGUAGAGCCGGUGCUGGCGUUUCUUCACAGCAUUUUAACACUCAACAACCUGACAGUGGAGAUGACUCAGGACUUCAUGCCAUAUAAGCAGGAGCUGCAGCUCAGCUUGCAGAAUACGAGAAACAACUAUGAGAGCACUCGUGAGGAGAUGGAGGAGCUGAUGAAGAGAAUGAAGCAGCCGUCGCAGAUCUGUAAAAUGCACAAUUUUCUGCCAAUGGAGGGUUAUCUUCAGUGUCAGGAGAAAUGGGCUUUGGGGAUGACGUGGGUGAAAUAUUAUUGCAAGUUUUACAAGGAGGGAAGACUGCUGGUCAUGGUACCUUGUGAACAGAAGCCUACAACUAAACAGGGCCCCACGCAGCUGACACUGAAGUCUUGCAUCCGCCGGAAGACGGAGUCCAUAGACAAGCGCUUUUGCUUUGACGUGGAAACUAACGAGAGAAGCACGCCCGUUACUUUCCAGGCUCUCUCGGAGGGGGACAGGAAGAUGUGGAUGGAGGCCAUGGAUGGAAAAGAGCCUAUCUAUCACUCCCCAAUUCACAAGCAAGCUGAAAUGGAGCUGAAUGAAACUGGAUUCAAAUUUGUGCGAAAGUGCAUCAACUAUAUUGAAUCAAAAGGAGUGACACAAGAAGGAGUGUACCGAACAGUUGGCAGCAACAUUCAAGUGCAGAAGCUCUUAAAUGCCUUCUUUGACCCCACAAAUCCAGCUGAUGUGGACCUUCACAGCAGCGACUUGGAUGUUAAAACCAUCACGAGUGCAUUGAAGUUUUACCUCAGGAGUCUGUCUGAACCUCUGAUGACCUACGGUCGACACAGGGACCUCAUGUGUGCUGCAAAGUCAGAUAAUCUGGACUUUCGACUGAGUGAAAUUCAUUCUCUUACCCACAAACUACCAGAGAAGAAUCAUGAGAUGCUGGAGAUGCUAAUCAAACACUUGGUGACUGUGUGCAGCCACAGCGAUGAAAACCUCAUGACUUCUUCUAACAUGGCCGUCAUCUUUGGACCCACGCUGAUGAGGGCGAAGGAGGAGACUGUCGCGGCCAUGUUGGAUAUCAAGUUCCAAAACAUUGUCGUUGAGAUCCUGAUUGAGGACUACAAAAAGAUCUUCAGUAAUAUGCCAGAGGACAGCACCGCCCCGCCUGUCCCUCCUCCACGGAUCACCCCGAGAAAGCGGCAGCCCAUCACAAUCUCCAAGCGGCCACCUCGUGUUUAUCAACCGCUUAGUCACGACCACUUCCAGAACACUGAGAAUGGUCAGGAAGUCAGCUCCGCAGCAGACGUCUUGGUGAGCCCCAUCCCCCUCCAACGGACAAAACCUGUAAGCUAUACUCCGCUGAUGCCAAAAGACCCUCCUCCGAGAGUGCCACUGAUGCCCCGGCCAUCGACCCGCCAGGAGAGACAACCAGACUCUGACGUUGGGAAGGUAGACGAUACGAGGCAAAGGCCUGACUCCUCUGUGGCAAACGGGGAAUCUGGAGUCUACGUGAGCCGGGUACCAUCUUUCCAGAGCAGGAGACCAUCUGCGAAGGGCACGUCAGCCAACAAAGAAGGAGAUUCUGAUGGUCUGACCAGAACGAAGUCUGCAGAGAAAUCUGCCAUUUGCAGACCCCCAGUGAGGCCUCCUGAGCCCCCCUCCAGACUGCCUGCUCCACAAAAGCCCCAAAGUGCAGCCAGCAGCGAGAGCUCUGCCACGUCCUACGUUGCCUCUAAAACAAAGUUUUUUGAGAAUGCGUCCAGGCAGGUAGGCAGUCCACCGACCUCACCGUCAGCAUCAGCCGUGACAAAUGUAAAGAAAGAGAAUUGAAGUUAAUGAGAGUAAACCACAUCGCAUGACCUCUUUGUGUGCUGUUGGGAGGUCACUGAGCUGGAGGGAGUCACCGCUGAUGAAUUCAGUCGACUUUGAUCUCAGCCGAUAAACUGAGGUAUUAGCUCUCGACACAACUGGACUUGAUGAUAGGAAUCGUGUUGUGAAGCGACACAAAAGUAAAAUUAUCAUUUGAAUGAGCUUGUACAGAAACUUUUUCAGAGUUUGAAAAUUUGAAUGAAGUAAAAGUAUUUCUUUUGCCUUCCACCUCAGACAACACUGAUAAUGUCACAAUAUGUUGUCAUUUUACAGUGUUUAACUGUUAGAAUGAAACUUUUAUAUGUGGGAACUAACUGAUUGCAUUGGGCUAUGACUCAUCUCCAUUCUUAACAUUUGUUUUCAGCAGUGUGAAAUAGAUGUCCCAAAGAAGAUUAAUUACUUCAAACUGGCUCAGAUCAGUUAAAUCAAAAAUACUAAAAUGUGGCAUAUAGGUCUAAAUAUUAACCUAUAGAUUUUGUGGCUAUGCAAAGCAAUUGAGACAAACUAUGCUUAGAGAGAGAACUGUCGAAGAUUUUACCAGUAUUUCAACAAACCAGCAUUAAAAAAAGAAAUCUGAGAAGAUUUCAAUGUCUGUCAUGGAACUGGACCAUUGAAUUCAUCUUAAGCUACUUCUCACAAUGGAGUAAUUAUGACUAUAAAAGCUAUUUUAAUUGGUCCAUUAAAAAGAAAAGAACAUUUUAAUAUUAAUUAUCUUAGCUGUGACAGAGCUUGUCACUCAGAAAUAAAGCACUUUUUUAAAGGCAUUUAAAGGUAUUUGCUAAAAAGUGUCUGUAUUACAGUCAGUGUUUGAGUUUACACUGAUUACAUACAGUAUAAUGCUAGUGUUAGUUUAAAAAACUCUAGUUCACAUUCCCUCACGUUUGACAUGAUAUCACUCAUGUCUUACUCUUGUAGGUAGAUCAGGUUUUACAAAAAGUUGUCGUAGAUUUUUAAAGUUGAAGAGGUGACGUUUACUGAAACUGCACCACAAAUUUAUUGUUGGGAUCUCAUAGCAGGUCAGAAACAGACUGGAUCGACAUAUGGACGACGUGUCUCCACUUCCAUGCACUAUACAGAAAUUAGGUUAAAAUAUCCAGAGUACAAAAGGCCCCAUCUUGCAUAUUUGGAGCCAGAGUGUGGGUAGUAGCAAUUUGGGAUUGUGGCGAGGUCCAGCUGAUACAUGUGCUCCAGUCAGUCUCAGGUCAAUCCAGACAUUUCACCCCAUUUUUUUAAAGUAUAUUUUUGGGCUUUUUGUGCCUUUAAUGAUAGUGUAGUGAAGGAGAGACAGGAAGCAGGGGGCAGAGAGAGGGGAAUGACACGCAGUAAGGGGCCGGCCGAUGCGGGCCCACUGCAGUGAAGACUGUAGCCUCUAAACAUGGGGUGCUGGAUCAACCCACUACGCUACCAAGCACCCUGUUACACCCCAUUUUUAAAGCAUCAAAUAACCAAUUACAACAAAACUUACUUGCACAAACAUCAGCGUGAUAAGAACUGUCAAGAAGAAACUUUUAUUUGACAUGUACUUGAGACAGGAUUUAUUCCCAAUACUGCAGUCACCAGGAUUUUGGCUUAACUUUUAGGGGGCAGUCCUGUCGUCAAUUCUUAUUUGCAUUUCAAAUUGUAUUGAAUGCACAAUUGUCUUCAAAACUGCCUCAAACUGUUGCAAUAUAAAUAACACUCCAUUUGCUUACUUUUUAUUUUCUUGUUCUUAAAAUGGAAAUGUUUGUUUUACACUUGAAUUUUUUUGGGGGGGAGAACCCAUCCUGAAAAUUCUGUUUGCUCUCCGGUUUCCAAAACAAUAAAAAUAAUAAACACAACACGCUCUUCCCUUGACAGCUGUGUAUUA